AUGUACCUGGCCGGGGCGGCGGCGGCCGCGGCCGCGCUCCUCUGGCUGCAGCGGCUGCUCUGGCCUCACCUGUGGGCGGACGCGCGGUUCCUGCUGCGGGCGCUGCUGUGCCGCCGCCGGGUGCUGCGGGGCGCCGCGGGCUCCAGCCUGGCCCAGCGCUUCGCCGGGCUGGCGCGGGCGGCCCCGGAGCGGCUCUUCCUGCGCUUCGAGGGGCAGCGCGUCAGCUACGGGCAGGCGGCGCGGGCGAGCCGGCGGGUGGCGAACGCGCUGCGCGCCUGGCGCGGCCCCGGGGGGCCCCUGCGGCCCGGCCAGACCGUGGCGCUGCUGGUGGGCAACGAGCCCGGCUUCGUGUGGGCCUGGCUGGGGCUCGCCAUGCUGGGGGCCGUGCCCGCCUUCCUGGGCACCGCGCUGCGCCGCGGGGCGCUGCUCCACUGUCUGCGCGGCUGCGGGGCGCGGGCGCUGCUGGUGGCGCGCGAUCUGUAUGAAGCUGUGGAGCCCUUGCUGCCCACCCUGCAGGAGCUGGGCAUCGUGGUGUGGGUGCUGGGCCCGGGCCCCUGCCCGCCGGGGGUCACCAGCCUGCAGGAGCUGAUGGAGGAGUCAUCCGAAGAGCCGGUGCCCUCAGACUUAUCCACGCCCAAGGACAUGAUGGACACCUGCCUCUACAUCUUCACCUCGGGUACCACAGGGCUGCCCAAGGCUGCCCGCAUCAGCCACCUUAAGUGCAUCAUGUGCCUGGGCUUCUACCGCCUGGUGGGGGCCUCCAGCAAGGACGUGAUCUACGUGGCGCUGCCCCUGUACCACAUGUCGGGCUCACUGCUGGGCAUCGUUGGCUGCAUCGGGAUCGGUGCUACAUGUGUGCUGAAGAGGAAGUUCUCAGCCAGCCAGUUCUGGGGCGACUGCCAGCACUACGGGGUGACCGUGUUCCAGUACAUCGGGGAGCUGUGCCGCUACCUCGUCAACCAGCCCAAGGGAGAAGGGCAGCGGGAGCAUGGCCUGCGCCUGGCUGUGGGCAGUGGGCUGCGGCCCGACGUCUGGCGCGAAUUCCUGCGGCGCUUCGGCAACGUCCGCAUUGUGGAGACCUACGGCAUGACCGAGGGCAACGUCACCUUCUUCAACUACACCAGCACCCUGGGGGCUGUCGGCCGCGGCAGCUUCCUCUACAAGCUCUUCUGCCCCUUCGAGCUGGUGCGCUACGACGUGCUGCAGGGGGCACCGGUGCGGGACGCGGCCGGGUGGUGCCAGCGGGUCGGCCCAGGUGAGACGGGGCUGCUGAUCGCGCCAGUGACCCCCAAGAACCCCUUCCUGGGCUACGCGGGGGGCAGGGAGCUCUCGGAGCACAAGCUGCUGCGUGGGGUCUUCACCGAGGGAGAUGCCUACUUCAACACAGGCGACCUCAUGGCCCAGGACGCCGCCGACUUUGUGUAUUUCCGGGACCGUACCGGGGACACCUACAGGUGGAAAGGUGAGAACGUCGCGACGACGGAGGUGGCCGAGGCCCUGGCCGCGCUGGACUCGCUGCAGGAAGUCAAUGUCUACGGGGUCGCCGUGCCAGGGUACGAGGGCCGUGCUGGGAUGGCCGCCAUUGUCCUGCGGCCAGGCUGCAAGCUGGAUGGGGCGCAGCUGUACAGCCACGUGGUGGAGUUCCUGCCCCCCUAUGCCCGGCCCCGCUUCCUGAGAGUGCAGGACCACCUGGAGACGACACAGACCUUCAAGCAGCACAAGGUGCGUCUGGCCAGCGAGGGCUGUGACCCCACGCGCCUCCCGGACCCGCUGUACCUGCUGGACGACGCCUCAGAGGCCUACGUGCCCCUGACCCCGCGGCUCUGGGAAGGCGUCGUCUCGGGGGCUGUCCGGAUAUAAUCCCCCUACCCCACCUGCCUUGGGCUCCCUCCAGCUGGGGGUCACCUGGGGAGACUACGAGUCCCAGCAUGCACAGCUCAGCCCCAUUGCAUGCUGGGAGCUGUAGUCUCUGGGUGCUGGGGCAGCUGAACUGAUGGCCAAGGGCUCUGGGGUGCUGCCUGCCCCGGGGCGGGAGCUGGGGGAUGAACAGGGCUCAGUGCCUGCAGGUUUUUUGCCCACGCUGCAGCCCCUGGUCCUUCCAGCUCCCUCCCCACUGCGCCCCAUGUGUCACCCCCCACACUUCCUGGCCCCCACUCCCCUGCGCACACCCCACUCCUCUGCCCCAGGGGGCUGGAAGCCGGGAGCUCAGCCGUCUCGUCCUGGCUCACCUGUGCCUGUCUCCAGCAGGGCGGUGGUAUGGGAUGUGCUGGGCUGUGUCCUGCAUCCCCCCUCCCUGCACUUGGGGGCAGCUCCCCCCCUCACAGGACCUCAGCUCCGGACGGGCUCCGUGCCCUGGGCGUUGGGGCCAAGAGAGCUGCCUGCGUGCCGCAGGGUCACGCAGUGGGUGGUAGGGUGGGGGGGAGUCCAGGGAGCUGGAUUCAAAUCCUGGAUCCACCACAACUUGAGGUGGCCUUGGGCUGGCCCCUGAGCUCCCAGCCGGGUCUCAAGGACAACGGCCCUGCCUCCCAGGCCUGGGUCUGUCUGGGUUGUUCCGAGUGCGAGAUGGGCAGGCAGGGCCCGACCCUGGCUGCAGCCUGGCCAGUGUCCGAGGAGUCAGUGGCUGUCCUUUGCCCCGGGGGGUGGGGAGG